GAAAUAUUGACUAGUUGCAAGAACUAUAAACGUCUGACUCUUUGUGAUGUGUAAACUUGCCCAAAGAGUGAGAGACUUUGAGAUUAAUAAGAGAAGUAAGUCUCUUCUCUCAAUUUGGCCGAUGUCACUAUGUCACAGAUCAGUUCAUGGGUUCCAAAGUCAACAAAGUAGUUAGAGCUAUGCCAAAUUCGCCAUGCAAGAUACGUGCGGAUAUGAUGGUGGUAUCAGCACUUCCAUGCGAAUGGACAUCCGAAAGUGACCUCAUCUUGGCUAUCUCCAGAUCAAUUGGAAGGUGUAGAUUCCUUGGAGGGAAACACUUUGACGCUUGUACUGCUCUUUGUAGGUCAAUACCAACUUUUGCGGUCACUGUACUCGAGGCCACGGCAAACGGUGGUGUUAUAAUGGGUUUACCAAGAGUCGAGGCAGUCGAGCUUCCGGCACAAUCUUUGCAAGGUAUGGCAAGAUUGAUCUUAGAAACUAGUGUUCAUCCAGCUACUCUAAAUAUAGCGUAACAACUAGAUGUACGAUAACGGGACUUUUAGCCCUCGAAGAUGGCAAAGCUCACUGAACGAUGGCGCAUCGAUUCAGGUAGCUACUACACUGCUGCUGGCAUUGGACAGAACAAGAAGUGAAUAAUAAUUAUGCAGUAUUAAAUGUAUUAUUAAAAUACUACUUAAAAAAUUGCACGUAAAACUAGUUAGAAACUAGUUGUGAUCCAAACUUUGCACGUAAAACCUAGUGUGAUCCAAAGGCGUCAUAAUGUUAUUGGAAGAGUUAUUAAAGUGUUUCGUCUCUAUAGUUUCUCUUGGAACUUUAAUUAUAUUUAUAUUGAUAAUUAAACAUGUUUAUACAAAUGGCUUUUCAACCAACAAGCAAGAAACAGCAUUCCUCAAUUACUGGUCAAGCGUCUAGGUCUGU